GGCGCGUCGAGAGAUUUCUAGUUAACCCUUACGAGGGCAAGUACCGAAUGAUCGGUCUACACCUAACGGGAGAAGAGAGUCAAGAUUCAGAUAUCCGAAGGCAAGCAGCCCAGUACUGCCUUAGAGCAGGGCACCUUUUCCGAAGGCCAGUAGGGUCGGGAAUGCCCUUGCGAGUAGUCUGUGACCCAGAGGAGAGACAGGCAAUAGUUGCGGAACUUCACGACGGGGUAGUUGGAGGACACAGGGGAAUCAAGGGAACCUAUGAAAAGAUACGCCGGUUGUACUGGUGGGAUGGACAGUAUAAGGACGUCGAGAGGUACUUGAUGACAUGCGAAGAGUGUCAGAAGAGAGCUCUUGUGAAAUACAAAGACCCGCUUCAUCCAUCAUAUCCAACGCGACCAGGAAAGAAGGUACACAUCGAUCUGGUGAAGAUGCCGAGAGGGGUAGGGAAUAUGAAUUACGCCGUGAACAUACGAGACGAUUUCACUGGGUUCGUGGACGGUAGACCUAUCAGGAGUAAGGCGGCAAAGGAAGUAAAGAACUUUGUCCUAGAGUACCUAUCUAGGUAUGGAUGUGUCGGCAAGAUAGUGAUGGACAGAGGGGCGGAAUUCCUAGCCGACGAGGUCCAGAGCGUGUUUAGGAAAGCCAGCGCGAGAGUUUCGAUAGCCACCGCCUAUCAUCCACAGUCGAACUCCCCAGUAGAAAGGGGACAUCAGACUCUGAUAGCGUCACUGUCCAAGUGGUGCAAGGGUAGAGACAGUGAUUGGCCACGGUAUUUUCGAUACGCGAUAUGGGCGGACAAUGUCACGGUCCGGGCUAGUACCGGAUACCCACCAUACACCUUGUGGUUUGGACGACAUUGUCUGCUACCCAUAGAGUUUCACGUCGACAGUUGGACAACCGUCGACUGGGCAGAGGAGAUAUCCAGAGAGGAACUCUUAGCUGCUCGAACAAGACAGAUAGCCUACGGAUUGGAAGAAAACCUUAUGACAGCAGCCGAUCGUCUGGCAGUGAAAAGGGACAAGGGUAAAGAGAGAUGGGAUAAGAACGACCGAAUUAGGAAAGAGAGGGUGAGCGUAGGAGAUAUGGUCCUUCUCUACGACGCGGCACUGGAGAGGACCUGGACCGGAAAGCUUGCCAAUAGGUGGAUGGGACCUUACAGAGUGGUUGAGGCACUUGACUGGGGGGCAUAUAUGAUACCAGAACUAGAUGGAUCUAAGUUGAAGGACCCAGUAGCGGGGGCUAGGUUAAAGCUGUUUAGGUCCAGCGAGCACAACACGUUUGAGCAAGGGGGAAAGACACGCCAGGGAAGCGGAGGAAGGAAGAUGGAGUCAGAUGAGACGGGGCAGUCUCUGGCGGCAUGCGAGGAGUGCCUCAUCCACACCGCAGAUACGGGCGAAGUGAACGGGGAACUCGGAGGGAUUGGACGAAGGGGACUGAGGUCGGUAAGCAUGGGAUGCGCUGCCCAUACGGAACAGACAAGCUGAAGGGGGAAGCUGUAACGCAUCGUGGGAUGCGGAGAGAGGAAGGGGAGAGACAACGUUUUUUUUUUUUUAGUGUGCCCAGAUUACAAGCAAACUCUGUUACCCAGAAGACAUCGCAGGUGGUAUCUGAGGUAAGGAGAACUUCGCCCGAAAGUGCGUGGGGCACAACAGUUUGAAUACUGGAAAACAAAUUUGCCUUGCCGCC